GAUUGGAAGGACAGUGUGGUAGACCCUCACAGCACCAGCCAGGUGGCAAGUGGAGUGAUUCAAUUUGCUAAUAGACUAACUACACCGCCUGAACAUGCUGGACCUCCUACGGUAUCGCUGUGGCUGUGGGAAGAGUUAUGUGCAGAAACAGACGCUCCAGAGACACCAACGUCUGGAGUGUGGCCGUGAGCCACAAUACCCCUGUCUCAGGUGCGGCAAACGGUCCCGUCACAAGAGCGACCUGGUCUCGCACAUCCGUCACGUGCACAAGCUGCCUGAGCCGCAGAUCCUUCAGGAGCUCAGUCUCUGCAAUAUUGACUACGUGAAACGCUCUAAACGACCCACACUUCAGUUGUUGUCCGUUGAAUAAACUUUUUAUUAAUA